AUGCAAAGAGAACAAUAGCUAAAAGAAUUAUUGAUAAAAAUUGAAUAAAAUAGCAAAUUCGAUUUAUGUAAACAAAAAGAGUUGGGAGUUUCUUUUUCUAAUUUAAAAGAGCUGCAAACUCUGAAAAUAGAAAUAGGAGAUCAUUGUGGUUUUGGGGUAGAUGGGUGCAAAAUUAUUUGCAAUAAUAUUAUGAAAGUUAAUCAUAUUAAAAAUUUAUAAUUGAUUAUUGGAAAUUCAAAUAAAAUGUAUUCAGAAGGCUGCUUUAUAAUUGGCGAAGCUCUUAAAACAAUGUCGCAUCUACAAGAGUUAGUUAUUAUUAUUCAUAGCUUUAAUAAUAUAACUGAUUAUGGAUGUAUUGGAUUGAAAAAUGGAAUUCAAUAUUUGAAAAAUUUGAAAGCACUCACUUUAAAAAUAUACAGUGAAAAUAAUAUUUAAACAGCUGGGUGUAUUUAUAUUAGUGAAAGCAUAAAAUCUUUAAGUAAUUUAUCCAAUCUUGUUCUUAAAAUAGGAGGACACAAUUAGCUUGAAUCGCUUGGUGUAAAGAAUAUUUGUGAAUGUGUUAGCUCAUUGUUUAAAUUAGAAAAUAUAACUAUGAAUAUCGGAGAUGGCAGCAUGUUAAGCAUGCAAACUAAAAUUUAAUUUAAUUUUUAGGAAUUAAGUAAAUUACUUCAUCUUCGAAUUCAUAUUGGAAAUUUUAAUUCUUUUGGAAAGCACGCAUGUAAAUCUUUAGGCAAAGGAUUUGUAUUUACAAAUUAGCUUGAAACUUUCGAUUUAAAAGUAGGAUGCUUUAAUGAUAUAGGCUAGAAAGGCUGCGACUAUUUAGCUUAAGGGUUAAAAUAAUUAAAAAGUUUGAUCCAUCUUUCAAUUGAAUUUUCACCAUAAAAUAACAUAACAUAUAAUAAUAUAUCUUAGUUAGGAGAGGCUAUUUCUAAAUUAACUAAAUUAAAAUAACUUUUAGUUCAUUUUGGAGACUGCUUGGAUUUGGAUUCAUUUCGGGAUUUAGUGCAGGGUAUUAGCUGCUUGGCAGAUCUUAACUCUUUAGUUGUUAGAAUUACUUAAUUAUUUGAUGAAAAUGAGCAUGAUAAAGAUUAAGGCCAAGUAAAUAAUCGUUUCGAUAAUCAGAUUGUCAAUAUUGCUAGGUCAGGUUUCUGCUAAUUAAAGAAUCUGGAAAAUUUUAAUUUAUUUAUUCCUAUAGUUUCUAGUGUAAGUUUGAUAAAUUUAAUAAAUGAUCUUUAGUAGCUCAAAGAAAAUAAGUUUGGAAUGUACUAAUUAGAUAAAUUCAGGUUUUAAAGACAAGAAAAACAUGUAAGAAAGCUGAGUAUAGGUACAGCUAAUUAUGUGGAAAUAAGGGAUCAUGGACUAGAGUUACUGCUAAAUAGUAUUGGAGAAUUUUAGAAGCUAAAUAUUUUAAGUAUAUCUAUAGGAAGUCAGAGUUACAUUACAACAAAUGGAAUUAAAAGUUUGUGUGAUAAAGUUAAAAAUUUGUAAAAUUUAAUUUGUUUUAAAGUAGAAAUAAAACCUUCAAACCACAUAGGCGUGGAUGCUAUUCUAGAUAUUUCAGAAAGUAUCUCUAAUCUAAAACAGUUAAUUCAGCUAAAACUUUAAGUAGAACUUCAAGAAAUUUUAGUAAACGACCCAUAAAUGGAAAAGUAUGAUUUAGAUUGUACUAUAUCUCAAAUAAAUAAAAAAAUAACAUAAUUACCUAAACUAACACAAUUAUAUAUUCACCUUGGAAAUCAUCUUAUCAAUAAAUCUAAAUUAUUUUCUUUUAGAAAAAGUAAAAGAUUGGUAUUGUAUUCUUGA